AAGAGCCAUUGCCUUCCUGGUACAUAUAGCGCAGACCUACAAGUCAAAGAAUGAUUCAAAUGAUGUCACAGGAUGCAAAGGUUGGCACCGGUGCAAACAAUCCCAUUUUCCACAUGAGCUUUCUUGGAGUAUGGAUGUUAUCAUCAGAGCUGUUCAGAAAGAAGCCUUUCCAGUGGAAUUCUCUGCCCUUGCGGAUGGCAACAACCUGCCUAAGAGCAGUCCGCUGUUCAAACUCCACCCUAAAGUUGAUGGAGGCCUUUUGAGAAUUGGAGGAAGAAUCCAACAUGCACCUCUGGAGUAUGCUGAAAAGAACCCUCUGAUCCUACCCAAACACAGCCAUGUGUCUAUGCUGUUAGUGAGGCAUUACCACGAGCAGGUAGAGCAUCAAGGCCGUCACUUCACUGAAGGGGCAAUCAGAUCUGCAGGCUUGUGGAUUAUUGGUUGCAAGCGGCUCGUCAGUGCAGUCAUACACAACUGCAUAGUCUGUCGGAAGCUCCGUGGCAAAAUGGAAACACAGACCAUGGCAGAUUUGCCACCCGAGCGCCUCAGCACAUUUCCGCCAUUCACCUACGUGGGUUUGGAUGUUUUUGGGCCCUGGAAGGUCACUGCAAGGCGCACAAGAGGGGGCCAUGCAGAGAGCAAGCGUUGGGCCGUGUUGUUUACCUGCAUGAGCACUAGAGCGGUGCACAUAGAAGUAAUCGAGUCCAUGGACACUUCUAGCUGCAUCAAUGCCCUAAGGCGAUUCUUCGCAAUUCGGGGACCAGCAAAGCAGCUAAGAUCGGACCGCGGAACAAACUUUGUUGGUGCUAGGAACGAACUAGAGCAGACCAGGCAGCAAUCAGAAUCCAGUGUGUGGAAGUAUUUGAGUGAGCAUGGCUGUACCUGGGAGUUCAAUUCCCCUCAUUCUUCACAUAUGGGAGGAUCCUGGGAACGCAUGAUUGGAGUAGCUCGCCGAAUACUUGACUCCAUGCUUCAGAAGCACAAGGGUUUAACUCAUGAGAUACUGUGCACUCUCAUGACAGAGGUCUCUGCUAUCAUCAAUGCUAGACCCCUUGUCCCAGUUUCCACCGAUCCUGAUGCUCCAUUUAUUUUGACUCCCAAUACACUGCUUACCCAGAAGGUUGGUGCUUUCCCUCCUAUGGAAGGAUUAUCGGGAAAGGACCUUUACAGAAGUCAGUGGAAGCAGACACAAGUGCUUGCCAGUACGUUUUGGAGCAGAUGGAAACGGGAGUUCCUUCCAACACUACAGAGUCGCCGCAAGUGGGCAGAGAGUCGCCGCAAUCUGCAGGAAGGUGAUGUAGUGCUCUUGAGAAACAGUCAAGUCACAAGAAAUGAGUGGCCUGUGGCAUUAGUGACAGCUGCCUUUCCCAGUAGAGAUGGGAAAGUGCGCAAGGUGGAAAUACUAACCACAAAGCAUGGGAGCUCAAAGAAAUUCGUGAGACCCAUCUCCGAAGUAACUCUUCUUUUGCCUAAAGAGACUGAGAGUUAGCAUAGUACAUAGUGUAAAUGUUUAUUAAUGGCGCCACAGACGCCAGGCGGGGAGUGUUCUGCCUCUAGGCUUUCGAGUGUUUCAAGGUACAGUAGCACCACCCUUUGGUAGAGGCAGGUGUUGCACCCUGGCAGACAGGAAACAGGAAACCAGAGACCCAUGUUAGUUCUUGUUGUGGAUCUCAGCAGCUUUACAUGCCUGUUGUACAAUCUGUCGUAAUCAAGGGAUUUAGCCCAUUGUGAGCAUUGCCUUUUACUCCUUUGUUGUACCAACAUGCUCUUCAAGAGUCUACACUAAAAUUGGAGCUAGAAUGCUAAAUCCUGACUCUCGUGUUGUUAUUCUGGGAGUUUGGCUGGCU